GACUUCAAACCGUUGAGUUAAAAUGUUAUUAAGCAAGCGCAAUAAACUAAUCGCAAGUGGCCCGAGUGCCAUGGGCCUGGCACUGGCCACAUUUGCAAUACCCGACUAUGAAGUGCGAGACUUAAUGGACAUUGUGCGAGCAGUGCAGCUGUUGGCAACUAUUUUGUUGCUUUAUGGUAUUUACAAGAAGAAUCCGCAGCAUAAGGAUAAGUUCCUUCUAAUCUGGCUGGUCAUAACAACGUUCUUCUUAGGCGUCCUCUGCUAUUGUAAUAUCGUAUAUAUUACCAAUGAUCUUUUCGAUUUUUACGAUUUUGGAUAUUUUUUCCUACUGCUCCUCGGAUUUCUUGCUUUGCUGGCAGCUACAGCUCUUCUGGCCUAUAUGAUGCAUUGUGUAUAUGAAGAGUUUGAGGAUUUAACAAAUAGCAACGCAGUAACAACACAUAUGUCAAUCGAAAACAAUGGGAUCGCGGAAACUAAGGCGCCACCGCCCUCAUAUGCGACCACUGGCAAUUUUGUGGUCCCAAUACAUAAUUGAGUGUCAAUCGUUUCCAUACAUUUAAUAAAGCUCACAAUUUGAACAUAAGACCUUAUACGAUACAAAAGAGAGAGAGAGAGAGAGAGAGAGAGAGAGAGAGAGAGAGAGAGAGAGAAAGAGAGAGGGAUUUACCUGAUAAAUGAUAAGCUGAAUAAUAAUAUUUGAAAAUAUUUGCACCGACUUUCAUCAUUUCAGUUGACUUCAAAUCGUUGAGUUAAAAUGUUAUUAAGCAAGCGCAAUAGACUAAUCGCAAGUGGCCCGAUUGCCAUGGGCCUGGCACUGGCCACAUUUGCAAUACCCGACUAUGAAGUGCGAGACUUAAUGGACAUUGUGCGAGCAGUGCAGCUGUUGGCAACUAUUUUGUUGCUCUAUGGUAUUUACAAGAAGAAUCCGCAGCAUAAGGAUAAGUUCCUUCUAAUCUGGCUGGUCAUAACAACGUUCUUCUUAGGCGUCCUCUGCUAUUGUAAUAUCGUAUAUAUUACCAAUGAUCUUUUUGAUUUUUACGAUUUUGGAUCGUUUUUCUUACUGUUCCUCGGAUUUCUUGUUUUGUUGGCAGCUACAGGGCUUCUGGCCUACAUAAUGUAUUGUGUAUACCAAGAGUUUGAGGAAUUACCAAAUAGCAGUUCAGUGUCAAAUCCUGUGGCAAAUGAAACCAUUGGAAUAGUGACCUCUACUGAUCUGCCGCCUUCAUAUGCCACCACUGGCAAUUUGGCAGUGUCAAUACUGAAUUGAGAGUUAAUAUUGUAUUUACACUAUAUAUAAUCCACACAUGCAAUAAAGUGGCCAAAUUGAACAUAUGA